AGCUUUCUCUCUCCACCCGCUCCGCCUUGCUUGUUGAUAAAUUUUUCCCUCCCUGUCUUCUCUCGUUUUCUCUUCCAGCCAGAUAAGACGCUGGUCAUUGCCGUUAACUGCUGCUGCGAAAAAAGAGAAAAUAUAUCUUUCUUUCUUUCUUGGCAUUUUUUCUUCCGUUAAAAGAACGCAGUCGUUUAUAACGUUAAGUUCAGAUACCAGCUCAUAAUGUCUGGAACUCAGCCUGUUGCUGUUUAUGCCCUCCGGGUGCCCCCCGGUGGCAUCCUGAUCCCGGCUGUUCCUGAGGCCUCUGCGAUGUUCCGCGUCAGCAUGGCAGCCAUCGACCCUGAUGAGGCUCCCGACUUUGACGAUGGUGCUGGUCCCAGCAAGCCUCGCGCUACCCUCAGACUGAUUCGUGCUCCUGGCGGUGUGGAUUUCGACGAUGAUGAGGAGGACGAUGAGGACUACGAAGACGAGAGCGAUGAGGACGACUCCGAUGACGAGGAGGUCAACGGCGGCCCCAGCGACAAGGAGAAGGCUAAGCAGCGCAAGGAGGCCGCGGCCUUGAAGGAGAUGGAGGAGGCUAUGGAGGAGGACGAGUCCGAGGGAGAUGAGAUCGACAUCAAGGCCGCCAUUUCCAAGCUUCUCAAGGGCAAGGCCCCCGCUACUGACGACGACGAUGACAACGAGUCUGACGAGAGCCUGGAGCUUGAGGAGAUCGUGGUCUGCACUCUGGACCCUGAGAGGCAAUGCCAGCAAGCUCUGGACAUCACCGUCUCUGAGGACGAGCGUGUCUUCUUCAAGGUCACCGGUACUCACACUGUCUUCCUGACCGGUAACUAUGUCAUCCCCACAGACGAGGGCCGCAGACCCUACGACGAGGAUGAGGAUGAUGAGGACGACGAGUACGACCUCUCUCCCGACGAGGAUGAACUCGACCUCGAGGAUCUGAUGGACGAGGAUGACGAGGAUGACGAGCUCGAUGGCCUGGAGAACCCUCGCAUCACCGAGAUCAACAGCGACGAGGAAGAGGAGGAAGCUCCUAAACUCGUUGAGGCCAAGGGAAAGAACAAGCGCGCCGCUGAGAGUCUCGAUGACCUCGUGGCCAAGGACAAGGCCGCCACCAACGGCGAAACCCUGAGCAAGAAGCAGCAGAAGAAGCUGAAGAAGAACAACGGUGAGGCUGCUCCAGUUGAGGCCAAGAAGGAGACCAAGUCGGACAAGAAGGUCCAGUUCGCAAAGAACCUCGAGCAGGGACCCACUCCCUCUGGUCAGGACAAGAAGCCCGCUGAGAAGCCCGCUGACAAGCCCACUGGAACCCUCGGUGUCAAGGAGAUCAAUGGCGUGAAGAUCGAUGACAAGAAGCUCGGAAAGGGCCCUGCUGCCAAGGCUGGUAACACUGUUGCCAUGAGAUACAUUGGCAAGCUUGAGGAUGGCAAGGUCUUCGAUUCCAACAAGAAGGGAAAGCCAUUCACCUUCAAGCUGGGCAAGGGCGAGGUCAUCAAGGGCUGGGACAUCGGUGUUGCUGGUAUGGCCGCCGGUGGUGAGCGCCGCAUCUCUAUCCCUCCUCACUUGGCCUACGGCAAGAAGGCUCUCCCCGGUAUCCCCGCCAACUCGAAGCUCAUCUUCGAUGUCAAGCUCCUUGAGAUCAAGUAAAAUGGACAUAUUGAUGGGUUACGUGGCCUCCAGAUCCGGGGCUGCACUGCAAUAUCUCGCGUCCUCGUUUUCUUUGAUCAUUUCAUUUUCUUUUUUUAGUCACAUCAUGCGGUGUUUUAUGGGCUGUUUUUCUCUUAUCUCAUCCCAAGAUAUCCGACUUGUAUUUCUUUCGCGCAGCUUUUCGUUGCAUUGAGCAGGGAUGAGGAUAUCGCUCUAGGAGUUUGCACAUUUCCUAUGUAUCAAAAGUUCAUAGUUCGAGUAUUUUGUGGGUGGUUUGUCCUCUGAAUGCUCGAGUAUCUCGUCUUGUCUAGCUAGUGGAAUAGCCGGGCUUAAAAAUAUAGAAAGCGUCCUUCUUCGGUUCAAUCUUCCUAUAUCUUCCCCGACAGUGAUUAAGUCAGUUUUCUAACCGUCGUAUCUGGGUGCUUUAUCACGAC